ACUUGGUGGCGCUAUUACAAUAACAACCGGCGACGCUUUCGUGGCUUUUGCCUUUUGGGAAGCGAAGUUCGUUCGGAAAUUUGUUAAGGUUUAAUCUGUUUGCCCAAUUUCCACGUUUUUUUCAUUUGUAAUGGCUGCCCAUGGCUAUCACUUGAAGCUUGGUCCAGGCGCUGCUGAAUCGAUCGAUCAGUAUUUGGAGUACAAACGCAUCGUUGGUGAAGAUGACGGUGGGGAGUUACUCACGCCAGAGCAGUAUGAAGCUUACAAGCGAGACGUCGUACCAGCUCGGAUGAAGAAUCGACUCUUUGUCAGCUGGACUUCUCCUAAUGGAUGGGAUUGUAAGCUGAUUGGUCCUGAGACGCUGUGCUUCUGUCAACACAGAUACAAGCAACACAAGACAGACUUCAAGGAGUUACCGACAGGGAGACCGAUACUCCUUCCGUGUAGGGUUAAAGGUUGCAGGUGUCAGUCCUACAACUAUGUCCCUCUCAAUGGUAGCAGGCCUCUGCGAUGUCGCUGUAAACACUUCACUGAUGAACACUCGGAGGAUCCGAGUCAUGCUUGUAUGAAAUCGAGUUGUAAUUGCGUCGCCUUCAAGAGUUCAUUCACCUGUUCCUGUGAGCAGCCCACUUACCUUCAUGAGAUGAUCGUUGAGACAAAGGAGGAGAGGCUAGCUCGAGGUCAUCCCGUAGGUCACGACACCCCCUAUGCAGCCAUGGGGGGUCUGACAGGGUUCAGCUCACUGGCCGAGGCCUACAUGAGGCUGGACGACAGCGGGAUUGGUCCAGCGAGCGAAGAAUUCCUGAAUCAACCAAUCACGUCGUCGGAUCAUCCGUUCCUUCGGAUGCACGCCAAGACCUUCCAACAGCUGGAGCCGCCGGACCAAAAAGUGGAUGCGCUGACGGAAAAGAUGGCUAACUUCAAGAUGACGGGCACGGAUGCUGAUAUGGAGUAUUACGAGAUGCGAUACCAGCAAAGGUUAAAGGAGGAAAGGAUGAAGAAAAGAGGUGUACAGCCUGGCCCUAGGAGACCACAAGAGGGCGCUGUUAGUCGUCAAGUUCAACCCAGCAGUGCAAAGACUGGUGCCAGAAGACCUGCCAGAAGUGCCACCAAGAAAUAAUAAAUAGCGCUUGCGUUCAGCAGUCCAGAAACCAGAUUUGAACUUGAGGAAAAUAUAGAGGAAUAUGAGACUAAAAAGGGUCAUUAAUAUUGCAUAGAAAAUUAAUUGAUAUUGUCUGGUGAGGCAGAGUUGUAAAAAUUCAUAUGAAGAAAAUUUUGUGGAAUACACGCAUGAUGUGAAUUGUAGGAUCCUAUCAUUUCAGUUAUGCAUUAAAAGAAACCGCUUGGUUUGAAAUAUACUUUGUUUUACAAAUGAAAUGACAUGUUGUACUAUUUAUCUCACUACAAACUUCAGUUACAUUAAGUUUUGUUUCAGCAAGGACUUCGGUUUUAAACUUCUGUUUUGUAUAUUUGUGGUUUUUUGAAGUGUUAAAAGAUCAUUUGUGUGUGGUUUUGGCUAUAUUUUAGAUUGUAUUUUAUUUUUUACUGAAAGGUUAUUUUUUAAGCAUCCGUUUUAUUCAGUCGUAUUUUUUUUGCGUAAUUGCAUUGCAAUAAAAGUGUACCAAAAUAUAUUGGACAUAUUGGAUGGAAA